AACCGACAAAAGAGAUGUAACGUCUAUCAUGAAUAUAGAUUAUCCAAAAACCCUAUAAAUUACAAUGAAAUACUGUUACUUCCACUAGCCGCCAGAAGUAAGACCCAUAAUUGUUUCCCCAGUUAGCCUCCCAGGAGUAAGGUGGAUAGAAUGUUCAGUUCCAAUGGUACCAAUGACAUCAGCAGUGAUGUCAUCACUCUAUGAUAUCACAAGGGAAUCUCUCUCUUGAAUGUAGCUGGCAGACAGAGUUUUCUCUGAUCUGUUCCACAGUUCUAUCGCGACAGAUCACCCUUCAGAGCACGUUCGAAGUUCAGAGAAGCAAGAAGUUACGAGAAUACAGAUAUGAAGCAACAACACAUUGUUUGCGAACAUGAAGCUUUUCCAGCUAAGCUUUCAUGGGUCGACAUGGUAGACCGCAACAUCCAAGUCGACUAUGACGCUGUCAUUUUCCCUGAUGAAGAUGACAGCCCCAUUGAGCCGGAAGUUGAAUCAGAGAUCCAGGGGGAAUCAAGCCCUUCCGGUGACUUUGAGAGUCCAACAUCUUUGGAAGUCAAGCAGGAAACAACACCCUCUACUGGCUUCAAGAUCACCCCCUCAGUGGAAGACGUGGCAGAGACUAGCCAACACGUCAAAGAUCUGACUAAGCAGGUACACGAUCUUAAAACAGAACUGCAGAGAAAGAAUUUUGAACUCCAUGAGGAAAGAGACAGAAGGAUUGCAUGUCAGGCUGAAGUCAAAUCCCAGCAGGAGGAGAUUCAAAGGCUGCAAAAACUGUUGGAAAAAGAACGUCACCUGCAAGUCAAUCGUGAACAGGUUUCUUGCUCUACCAAAGUUACAACUGACAAGAACGUUCUUCAACAGCUGGAGUACUUCAAGUGGGAGGCUGCAAAAUACGCCUCCCGCAAUAAAGGUCUGAUUGAAGUAAUGGUUGAAGAAUACCGAGUGAGACUUAAAUAUGAGGAGCAGCUCAAAAGUCACUCUGAGCAGGCUUCCAAAUUUAAGGCUCAGGAGGAAAUGGUGAAAGCUCUGCAGGAUCAGGUUGCGGACCUGAAGGUGGAGUUGAAACUUGCUCUAGAAAACAACCAUCCUAGAGUCUCCACCCGAACAGAGGUCCCCCUGCAAAGAGAAGGCUCCCUACAAACAGUGGAGACCAAGGAUAGACAGACCUCCAAUCAACCAGGGAGGUCUGAAGAAAGAUGGGCCUCCAAUCAACCAGGGAGGUCUGAAGAAAGAUGGGCCUCCAAUCAACCAAGGAGGUCCGAAGAAAGAUGGGCCUCCAAUCAACCAAGGAGGUCCGAAGAAAGAUGGACCUCCAAUCAACCAGGGAGGUCCGAAGAAAGAGGGACCUCCAAUCAACCAGGGAGGUCCGAAGAAAGAGGGACCUCCAAUCAACCAGGGAGGUCCAAAGAAAGACAGACCUCCAAUCAACCAGGGAGGUCUGAAGAAAGACAGACCUUGAAUCAACAAGGGGUCUUCAUGCAUAGCCUGGCUCAGCCUUUGCGCCAACCCACACUCAGGUUGCAAACAGAGGAGUCCACGCAAAGCCAAACCUCCACACAAACAUGGAGGUCUGAGGAAAGACAGACAUCCAUGCGACCAACCUCCACUGGCUCCAUGGAGGGUCUUCAUGUUGGUGUUGGCAGGAAGGCCAAGCUAAGCCCGGCUCGGCCUUUACACCGACCCACACCCAGGUGGCACUAACCUAGGUCAUUAUUCAAGCCCAGGUUUUGCUAACACUUUGCAUUAUGACAAUUUGAGGCUUUGCACAAAUUUGGCAAAGCCUCAAACUGUUUAACAAAUAUUCAUCAUCAUUUUAACUGUUUAACAAGUUCCUUAUUCAUCCAUCAUCUAGCGUACCUAUGUAUGUUAGAUGAUGGAUGGAUAUUUGUUAAACAGUUGACAAUAGAAUACGAAACAGAGAA